CCUCAGUGUUUGAUGUGCAGCUGACUUGUUGCGAUAGUUAAUUAAAUAAUUACACUUAAAAUGGAGAUAACAACAAAUAUUGAAAGCUUUAAUGCUGAUGAGCUUUAUGCACCUAAAUGGCUGAAUGCACAGUUCUUUGCGGAGGUUCUAGCCAAAUAUGAAAAAGACCCAGAGCUGAAGGUCAUCGAUGUAAAGAUGUCUCCAGCAACUGCCAAAGGGGAUCACUAUGCAAGCGUUAUGUUUCGUGCUAAAAUAGAUUAUACAACACAGAAUGGCACAUUCACCAAAUCGUUGAUAAUCAAAACAAUGCCUGAAGAAGAGGGUCACAAAAAGGGUAUGCUUGGAAAUUGCAAAAUUUUUGAGACCGAAGUCGGUAUGUAUACUAAGGUAUUGCCGAUGUUUGAAGAGAUCUUGAGGAAGGUAGGCGACGAGACUAGGCUCUCUGUGGCUUGCCUCUACCACAGUUUGGAGCCACGAAAAGUGUUGAUCUUUGAAGAUUUAUUACCAGAUGGUUAUACAGUCAUUAGAGAUCGUUCUGCGACCAUAGAUGAGCUCAAAGCGGCAUAUUCGAAGCUUGCCAAAUGGCAUGCAGCUAGUUUCAAACUUCAAGAUGAGAAUCCAGAUUUUCUAAAAGAGUAUAGUUAUGGACUCAUGGCAAUGCCAAAUCUUCUAGAGGAUCAAUUUAUGAAGAGCGGCAUGCGUUUAUUUAUACAUUUUUUGGAUAAAACGCCAGAGCUGGCAAAAUAUAAAUCAUACUUUGAAAGUAUUGAGACUAUUUACAUCGAUCGCUUUAGUAAAGUAUUGGAGGAAUAUCGAGUAAAUCGUCAAGCUGGUGGGUACUAUGUUCUUAGUCAUGGCGACUUUCACCUAAGGAACAUGUUGUUUAAACACAACAAAACCAAUCAACAAUUGGAAGAUUGCAUGUUGGUAGAUUUUCAAAUAUGCAACCUGUGUCCCAUAACAAUCGAUUUGAUCUACUCUGUGUAUCUGCUAAUGGGUCCCAAUGAGUGCCGUAACAGUUACAAGGAAUUGUUUAAGUUUUACUACUCAGAAUUAAUUGAGACUUUGAAAAAAAUUGGUUUUAGGCGUGUUCUUCCAAGCUUGGAUACAAUUUGGGAACAAGUUGCGCAGCAUAAGUAUUAUGAAUACUUUCUGCUUACAACAUUUUUGCCAAUGCUAUGUGGCGUGAGAACAAAUACUGUUGACCCGGCUGAUAUACUGCAAAACGAAGAUAUACGCCAAAGCCUGUACUUCACGGAUGAAUUUAUUAACUAUGCUAAGGUGCUGCUGCCUCGAUAUGAAAAGCUGGGCUACUUAAAUGAAAAGUAGUAGACAUUUUGUGACUAGCUCUUUAAAAAUAAUCAAAGAUAAAGUAAAUAACU